GCGCGCUUACUUACGUUGGUAGUAGUGAGAGAAACAAGAGAGAGAGAGAGGGGAUGGCAGCCAUGGCUGCUGCACCGACAGAGCAACCACUCCUGACUCCAUACCAGAUGGGAAAGUUCUCUCUUUCUCAUAGGGUGGUGUUAGCGCCAUUGACAAGACAAAGAUCCUAUGGGAAUGUGCCUCAGCCUCACGCAAUCCUGUAUUAUUCCCAAAGAACUACAAAGGGUGGCCUUCUGAUCAGUGAAGCCACAGGUGUUUCAGACACUGCCCAAGGCUAUCCUGAUACACCUGGAAUUUGGACAAAGGAGCAAGUAGAGGCAUGGAAGCCAAUCGUUAAUGCUGUUCAUGAGAAGGGCGGUAUAUUCUUUUGCCAGAUUUGGCAUGCUGGAAGAGUUUCUAACUACGGCUUUCAGCCUAAUGGGCAGUCUCCAAUCUCAUCUACUGAUAAGCCACCAACAAGUGAUCCAUUGGGUGCAUCAGAGUUCUCCCCACCUCGUCGGCUAAGGACAGAAGAAAUCCCUCAAAUUGUCAAUGACUUGAGACUUGCUGCCAUGAAUGCUAUUGAAGCUGGCUUUGAUGGAAUUGAGAUCCACGGAGCUCAUGGAUAUCUGUUGGACCAGUUCAUGAAGGACAUGGUGAAUGAUCGGGGAGAUGAAUAUGGAGGCAGUCUGGAGAAUCGGUGCCGCUUCGCGCUAGAAGUAGUCGAAGCCAUUUGUCAAGAAAUUGGAGCAGACAAAGUUGGCAUAAGGCUUUCACCAUUUGCAGAUUAUUUAGAUUCAGGAGACUCAGAUCCGAAGGCUCUCGGGCUUUACAUGAUGAAAGCACUGAACAAGUAUGGGCUUGCCUAUGCACAUCUGGUGGAGCCGAGGAUGGUCACUCCAGGAGAUCCAUCAGAAACUCCACACAGUCUGUUUCCAUUGAGGAAAGCCUUCGAAGGGACUUUCAUUGCUGCGGGAGGAUACAGUAAGGAAGAUGGAGACAGAGCAAUUGCUGAAGGCCAUGCAGAUCUAGUUGCAUUUGGUAGACUGUUCUUGGCAAAUCCAGAUCUGCCUCGAAGAUUCGAGCUAGAUGCUGCUCUCAACAAGGUGGUGCUAGCACCAUUGACAAGACAAAGAUCCUACGGGAAUGUGCCUCAGCCUCAUGCAAUCCUGUAUUACUCCCAAAGAACUACGAAGGGUGGCCUUCUAAUCAGUGAAGCCACAGGUGUUUCAGACACUGCCCAAGGCUAUCCUGAUACACCAGGAAUCUGGACAAAGGAGCAAAUAGAGGCAUGGAAGCCAAUUGUUAAUGCUGUUCACGAGAAAGGUGGUAUGUUCUUUUGCCAGAUUUGGCAUGUUGGAAGAAUCUCUAACACUGGCUUUCAGCCUAAUGGUCAGUCUCCAAUUUCAUCUACUGAUAAGCCCCCAAGGAGUAACCAAUUGGAUGCAUCAGAGUUCUCUCCACCUCGUCGGCUAAAGGCUGAAGAAAUCCCUGAAAUUGUCGACCACUUUAGACUAGCCGCCAGGAAUGCUAUUGAAGCUGGCUUUGAUGGAGUUGAAAUCCAUGGAGCCCAUGGAUAUCUGUUGGACCAGUUCAUGAAGGACAAUGUGAAUGAUCGGACAGAUCAGUAUGGAGGCAGUCUAGAGAAUCGGUGCCGUUGUGUGCUAGAAAUAGUUGAAGCCAUUUGUCAAGAAAUUGGAGCAGAUAAAGUUGGCAUAAGGCUUUCACCUUUUGCAGAUUAUUUAGAUUCAGGAGACUCAGAUCCGGAAGCUCUUGGGUUCUACAUGAUGAAAGCAUUGAACAAGUAUGGGCUUGCCUAUGCACAUAUAGUGGAACCGAGGAUGGUCACUCCUGGGGAGAGAUCUGAAACUCCACAUAGUCUGUUUCCAUUUAGGAAAGCCUUCAAGGGGACUUUUAUUGCUGUUGGAGGGUAUACUAAGGAAGAUGGAAACAAAGCAAUUGCUGAAGGUUAUGCAGAUUUAGUUGCAUUUGGUAGACUGUUCUUGGCAAACCCAGACCUGCCUCGGAGAUUCGAGCUAGAUGCCCCUCUCAAUAAGUACAACCGGUCUACCUUCUCUAUAUCAGAUCCAGCCAUCGGGUAUACUGAUUAUCCAUUUCUUGAAGAGGCCUAGACUCUACAUGUUCAUCAAACAAAGUUAUAGGGGAGGUGUGUGUAUGCACACAUUGUGGAGCCUAGUCCUGACAAAAGAUUGGGACUUCCAUGAAAGGACAUGCAUUCGUUUGGAUCUGGGUAUGAUCAGGACCGAUUUAUGCUGUAUUUAGGGCCCUGGAGGUACACAACUGCAGACCUUUAUUUUGAUAUGUAUUGAUGUUUUCUUGAGUCUCAUGUAAUUUGUGUUUUUAUGUUUCAAUGAAAUUAAGGCAAGCCUAAGAGAUUGAGGACAACUUGACAUUUUUAAGAAAGGUCGUUGUGCUUCUUGUUGAAGAUUACCAUUUAGACUUGGCAUUAAAUCACAUGAACUUGGUUUUAUAUUGAAGAGAAAGGCAUGAAGGUCUUAUUAAAUUUAAUCUAGACUUACAUCUGAUAAUAUGUAUGGGCGAUACAUAUGCCAUUGUGUUCCAUGGAGCUCAUCAAAAGAACUUGUAGUUGAGUUCCUCACAUUAAAGAUGUUCCUAUCUGCAGCCUCUGUGGCAUUUGUCUGUAGUUCUGUUUGCAACCGAGCUUUGGAUGUUGCAUUUCUGAUAUGGACAAGUUUUCUUUCUGCCUAUGGCUUUUAGAAAAGUUUGGGUUGAAGUCUUCUGUAUUUUGUUGUCUGGACAGGAUUACACCUUCUCCCUUCUCUCUUUCUGGUUCAGGCAUAAGCAAGCUGAGAACCGACAGACUCUUGCCAUAUGCCUAGUUGCACCUGAGAUAUCGAGCUCUUCACCUUCUUCAACCUGGUCUUAGGUCCAACCUUUUAGUCAGUCAGAUGGAUCUCUUAUUGUUUGUUUACAGAAAAAAAGUAUGAUUUCCUGGAUCUUUUUUUCAGGAACUAGACCUCAAGAGGAAUAAAAUGAACUGAAGCUUUCUCUCUCAUGAAAUUGGAUUGGUUGCUCCAUCGGAUAGAACACUGGCAAUCUAUUUAACCUCCGGUGUUCUUCAGUUUGAUGAUAUAGAUGUGAAAUUUUAAUGGUUAUGGCCAAUAUUUUAUCUCUUCACUAAUAAAAUUUCCAUUAAUGU